AUCCAACACCCAACCCACAGCCAUGACAUCUCUCGCGCCCCUACCCUCCACAGAGAUCCCAGAAUCUCCAGCGAGAAAAGAAGCACACGCCUAUCUACAAAAUCUCCUCUGCAAAACCUUACUCGUUCACACAACCGAUCAUCGUAUGUUUCGGGGGAAUUCAAGUGUACCGAUUCUGACCUCAAUGUAAUCCUCUCCGAAACCUACGAAUAUCGCAUUCCCCCCUCUCCCCCCACACCCGUACCUACAUCCUCCACCUCUUCUCCUCAGCCCCAAAAUACCUCCUCCGCCCCACAAUCCCAAUCCCAAUCCCAACCGCUCCUAAACAUCACCCCCCGCUGGCUGGGUCUCGUCGUCGUCCCCGGCGCCCACAUCCUACGUAUCGAGCUCGAAGAAUUCGAAAGCCAAGUGCGCGCUCGCAAAUCCUAA